AUGACGCACCAAAAGGCCUUAAGAUACCAUCGAUUCAGUUAUCGAAGAUUUCUGAUAAAUCUAAUCUUCUUCCUGGUGUAUCCUUGCGUGCUGUGCUGUCGUUGUUUCGAGCGCUCCAUCAACGAGGAAGACGAAGAUGGGAGCCUUCAGGACUUCCAGGGCAGGGGCGAUGACGAGCGAGAUCGUUUGCUGCAGCAGCAUGGAUUGCUAAAGGGCGCUAGGGUGGUUCAGAAGCAGGUACCAUUAUCAACCACCUCCAUUGCUACUACCACCACCAGCGCCGAUGAGGAAGAUGUCCUCGGUGAUGGGUGGGAUUCGGCUGGCGGUGGUGGUGCUGGGAAUCGGAAACAGCUGCAUUCCGAAGAAAUAGCAACAACCGAUGACGACGAGCUAUCCAAACUGCUGGCGGGGAUGCAAUCGGAAGCGGAAGAAGUGCAACAAACAGCGAAGGAAGGCGCAAGGAGGAGCGGUGGAAGGCCAUACUACAACAACACCGAAGACGAAGACAACGACACCCGCUUCGUUCUGGACGUGAUGAACCAGAGCCGGAAGUCAUUGCAAACAGCUCGUCGUCCGAGAUAUUCUUCGAAACACGCCAAUCGAGGUCAUCCUCCUUAUCACACCGAUCGAAAGCACGAGGUUUUGGCAGAGCUCCAAGAAAAAUAA